GUUGAACGUGUGUUUGACAACGCAGUAUGUAUAAUGCAAUUCUGCAGCUGGUUUUAAAGCGUGUUUUUAAAUACACGUAGUCUCAUAUUGUACCGUCACUUUUUGUAUUUGCCACUCUAUUAUCUAAGUUAGACCGUUAAAAAAUGGAUUUUGCAUUUCACAAAUCGAUCGCAGAAAAUCUUCUGAAGAAAACGGAGAAAGAAGUCGAAGAAAUUGAGGCAUCGGAUUUGGCGCCCGAAAUGAAGAUAGCACAGCGAUAUAGAGUGAUGCAGCUAGCAUUUGAUGAAAUAAUUGAGGAGUCCAAAUCUUACAAAGACAUUCUGAAAACAAUAAAAAUGUCAUACGAUGACUAUUUACAACACCUCGAGGAGUCAAAUUUCAGCUCCAUUACUUUGUCAAGUAAACUGAAAAACAUGGCGGCGCGCACGACAACGUUGUCAAAUUUGAGAAAACGUGGAGAUCAAUUGGAAGAAAACCUGCUUCGCCUAAGAGCACAGAAUGAGUAUUUAAAAGAGGAAAUGUUAAGCAUGGACAUGGAGUUAUCCGAACACUCGUCUACUGGUCAGAAUUUUGAGAUAUUUGCAAGAGAGCCUCCGAAAAAGGCGCCCAAAAGCAAGAAAGCACAAAUGAUUGAAAGCGCCCGAACAGGCUCGAGCAAACAAAUCUUCGACCAGCUCGGGGUGAGCGAGUGUCUGGAUGAAGAAAAACUGAGAGAUACUCUAAGGAGUCUGAGUUCGCAAUUGGAAGUGUUGGAGGAGCGUCGGAGGAAUCUGUUCAUAAGUAAAGAGGACCACGACGAGUGUUGGGAGGAAUAUGCUAAGAAGACGGAUCAGAGAAGUUUGCUGGAAAACACUUAUUUUGACUUGCAGAAGGAAUUGUACUUAAUUUCGGUGGCAAACGAAGCUGCGGAAAGCUACAACGAAAAAGAAGUAAUAGGAAAGACAAUUGCCGAGCAUGUUUACGAGUCACUUGUUCAGGCCUUCAUGCGAUCUGUUCAGUUUGCAGACCAGCUUGACGAAAACUCAAGAGAUGAGCUCUUGGGCGAAACGGAAGCAUCAAAUAUUAUUCAUCACGUAGAACAUUUCCACAUUCUGUUUGAUGAAAAGAGGUAUGAACAAGCAGCUUGGCACGCGGCUGAUAGCCCCAAAGGCGUGAUGAGAAAUGCAGAGACGUUCCGAAAGUUCAAAGAAGUUCAAGACAAUAACCCCAAUGAGAGGAUAAUGUACCAUUACGCAAAAGCUAUCAUGUCAACUCAACAAAAUGGAACGACGACUGUUCUUAACGACGAAAUGAGCUCCGAAUUCGUUCGAGCAAUGGUCAAAACCGGUGAACAAAAGCUAGUAUAUCAGUGGUUUCAGAACGGUUGGUUAAGUACUUCGAAACAAGUUGCCGAUUUGUUGGCGUGCGAUAAGCAUAACCAGGUCCAUGGUUCAGUGGUCGCAGAAAACAUCUACAUGCGUUUGGGGUUGUACCAUGACGCUAUAAGAUGUAUGGCCUUCAGAGGCGACAUACCAGCUGCUAUUUCAUUCGCCCAGGACACUGCUUGUUUCGAGCGUGCAGACUACAUUGACCUUCUGCUUUCUGUGCCUUCGGUCAAGUUAGCUCGAGCUUUGUCAAUGCAGAAAUACCCUGGAAAAGACCAAGUGUUAUUACCUUGUGGCCAGAUUGCGUUACUUCUGCUGAAAGACAUCAAUAUCGAAGUGGCUGGCGAGUUUUUACGCACUUUGGAUUUUACACUUCUUGUUUUGGCUCAAAAUGUGGCGAAAUUAGAAGAAGCUUCAAGCCAGGCUAUCAUUGAGCCAAAUUGUAUUUUCAGCGACAAGGAAACGAGUUCAGAAGAUUGGUUGCACAUAGUAAAGCAGUUGGAACACACGGUGUAUGAAGACUUAGGAGUGGAAAUUGUGACUGCUCUAUCUGUGAAUGAUGCUCUUACCAAUUCUUUGUCAAAUUCCAUUUGAUGAAUACUCAGAUGGUUUCAAUAUCUCUAAAUUUACGAUUAAGAGUAAUGAACGUAGUGAAGACUCUUAUAUAGGUCUUGCUGAUUUUUUUUGUUUUUUUUUGUCAGGAAAAGUCUUAAAAUAUUGAUGCACUUAGGUAUAAGGCACUUUUUGAGUUCAAUUGAAAUUCAUCUGCUGAAAGUGACGUCAAAAGCACUCUCCAAAUACGAACGUAGAAAUGGCGCUAAAAACGUGAACGAUUUCUAGUUUCGAAAGUGGAAUUUAUUUAUAAGAUUUCUCAGCGGAAUAAAAACUUUACCUGUUGAACCAGUUUUCUCAAGUUGGGUUCAUGUUAUCAAAAAAGCGCCAAUCAUAAAUUGUUCUAGAAAUUCAAAUAGCUUA